CGAAAAGAAACGAGCCCGUUGCAUUCUGGGAAAAGGAAGACUGGAGGCUGUCGCCAUAUUGUUUGAUUCCGCAGAUUCACUGGAGCAGAAAGCAACAAACACUCUGAUUAAACAGGCAAAUAUUGAACAAUUAUACAGGUAACCGUCUUAUAAUAUUAGACGAGGUCGUUGCAGACCGUGCUGCAUUCACAAGACCCUCUUUAGCGGUGUCAGUCGGGUUUAUUCCUGCAAAAUAUGGGUCGCUCUCGGAGCCGCAGCUCGUCCCGAUCCAAACACUCUAAACACAGCCGCAAACGGAGCCGCUCCAGAUCCAAAUCCAGCAAGAAAAGGAGCAGGUCAAAGGAACUGAAGAGGAGCAGAAGGUCCCGCUCGAGGUCAGGCAGCAGGAGGGACAGAGGUGGCUCACCCCCCGACCGAACCGACAUCUUCGGCCGGACACUGAGCAAGAGAAACGCCGACGAGAAACAGAAGAGAGAAGAGGAGGAGAGGAGAGCAGAGAUAGAGAGACAAAGGAAGAUCCGUCAGCUGGAGAUCGAGGAGCGUCUGAUUGAGGAGGAAACGGCGAGGCGCGUUGAGGAGCUCGUGGCACGGCGUGUAGAGGAGGAGCUUGAGAAGCGGCGUGACGAGAUCGAACAUGAGGUCUUGCGGCGGGUGGAGGAGGCCAAGCGCAUCAUGGAGGCACAGCUUUUGCAGGAGCUAGAGAGGCAGAGGCAGGCCGAACUGAACGCACAGAAAGCCAGAGAGGAGGAAGAAAAAUCCAAACGAGAGGAGCUGGAGAGAAUUUUGGAAGAAAACAACCGAAAGAUUGCUGAUGCUCAGGCUAAGCUGGCUGAGGAUCAGCUUCGUAUUGUAGAAGAACAAAGGAAGAUCCACGAGGAACGCAUGAAGCUAGAGCAGGAGAGGCAGAAACAACAGAAGGAGGAACAGAGGAUGAUAUUGGGGAAGGGCAAGUCCCGACCUCGCCUCUCCUUCACUCUCAAAGCUACAGAGUGAUUUCUCUCCUCCUCUCCUCUCCUCUCCUCUCCUCUCCUCUCCUGUCCCCUCCUCUCCUCUCCUCUCUGCUCCGCUCCUCUCCGCUUUUCUUCUUUUCCUCUCCACUCCUCUCCUCUCUGGUUGUGUGCUUCAUGUUGAAGUGAAUCGAAGUCUCAAAGAGAGGUCUGCCCUGUGCACUCUACUCACAUAAAUUACUCUUCGUAAACCCAGGAAAACAUCACGCUUCAAAACCGGACUUGCAGGCACCACCACAGACUUGCAGAUCACCUGCCAUCUGCUUUUUUCAGUGUGUUGUAUUGAUAUUUGACACUGUUAUGCUGGAUGCACCUUCAGAAACACGGGCCUUUUUUUCCCUUUUUAAUGGCAAGCUAAGAAGAAUUUAUAAGUGUAAAUAUUUGUUUUUAUGAGUGUGCAUGGCUGGUUGGUCAAUAUAUAUCAGUGGUUUGGGAGCUCUGUUGGUACAAGCUUAGUUUAACUGCUGUUCUUGCGUUAAAAGCAUAGGGGGAAGUACAGAAAAAUGUUUUGAAAAAUGUAAAUUGACAAAGUUUGUUAUGUGCUUAUUAGUGAGUGUAUGUGCAGGAGUGUGUGAGAGCAUUUCGUAUUUUAUAGAUCCCAGACUAAACACCUCAAAACGUGCUGCUUAACCCAUUGUUCCCAUAAUCACCUGAUAUGAGCUGCAUUUAUAGCAUUGUAACCUAGAUAACAUUUGCCCUUUUUGAUACACCUUACUUAAAUCGCUCUUUUUUGAAACGUAGAACAUAUGUGUGACCAGAACUUAAUUAGCAUUCACAAUACAAACAUUUUGGUGAAAAAAAAAAGGUUACAAUGUUACAAAGUCUUGUAAUGUGUCUAGUGUUCUGUUGGUACCUUAAGGAAAUCGGGAAUCACAGGUAAGACUAGUUAGGGUGUGUAUGUGCGCGAGUUUGUGUGGGUGUAUGAGUGUAUGCUAGAGAGUGUUCUUGUCUUGUGGGAAAUUGCCCCUUUCCUUGUGAACUGGGACAUUUAGUGUAAUGACCAAUAAAUCCCAUCAACACAA